AUGAACACAUUUCGGAGGCCGGGCAAUCGGUUGGCCCAAACGGCCGACAAAAAAAGCGACGACCCUGUAUUUUGUUUGGAUUGGGUUGGCGGCGAAUUUGGACAAGGGGGCUGUCCCUGCGGAACGACAGCUUUCAAUUGCGUUUCCAGAGAUCGAAAAUCGAAUAAUUGGAAAAUAAUUGUAUUUUUUACAGAAAAUUUCCGUAAUCUCUGUCUACGUCUUAUUUUUUUCUUAUCAGGAAUUUAAUUCCUAAAAAAACUUAAAAAGAGAAGAAAAAGGUGGAAUGAAAAAAAUAUAUUGCCAUAUGUUCAUGGCACUAUGAAGGAUAUUUACAGAUACUUUUCACUCAUACCGAAAACUUUUGGCUAAAUUUGGAAAUCCACUGAAAAACUAAAAAUCGAAAUUCGCUUUAUUACAUGCAGAUCUCAUGGCAAAAAAAAUCCAAAAAAAAAGAAAGAGAGAAAACAAAAAAACGCGGAGAAAUGAAACGACGCUCCAAUGAACAUCGCGGGCAUUUUUUUUUGCUGCGCCGCGCACCACUUUUUCGAAUUAUCUUGUCUUAUUUCUUGUUAUUUUCCAUGCUUUGUUCGAAGUGAUUCCGUAAAACUCAAAAUAGCCUUAUGGAAAGAAAAAUAGAACAAAAUUUUCGAGAGUCAGAGAUAAUUUUGCAUUUUGCGGAAAUUAUUUUGAACACGGCAUCAAUUUGUGUCUUAUAAAAAUACAUUUUUUUAUUUUUUUAUAAUGAUGCGGAACAAGGUUUAUAGAAAACUAUGUUAAUUUAUAAGCUAACGAGCAAAGUUCGAUUCACCGAAUUUAUUUUUAUUUUCACUUAAUUUACUUUCGCUCAUCCCUAAUUUAUCAUUAUAAAGAUCUUCAAAGUCAUUCUACGAAGUUCGCAUUAGCGGUCAGAGAGGGAAAAGACAACUAAAUGUUGAAGAGUCAGAGAUAGUUUUGUAGUUUUGCACAUCGCGGAACCUACUUUUAACCUGCCAUUGUGCCUUUAUUAUGUCGGGUUUAGUGAUUUUCCAAAAUCCAAAAAAACCGUCAGAGGAAGAAAAAGAUAACUAAAUUUCAGAAAGUCAGAGAUAGUUUUGCAUUUCGCGGAAACUUCCUGGAACACAGCAUUACGCUUUCCUUUAUAUUCAUUCGAUAACUAUAGUUAGAAAAUUUUUGAAUUAAAGAAAAAUUGUUAAAGGUAUGGUAGAGAAAAAGUCUGACGAAAAGAAGCGUGGACGCUCUUCUUCCAGCAGCAGUUCGUCUUCGGGCUCUUCAUCCGGGUAAUAAUUCAAUUUUUCUUCUAGUUUUUUAAAAUUUUGACAUAUAUUUUUAUAUUUGGUAAAAAUUUUUCCAGAAGCAGUGGGUCAUCUGGUAGUUCACGUUCUUCUAGCUCUUCAAGCUCUUCUCGCUCUCGUUCUCCAAAUCGCAGAGAAGCUGGGAAGGUUUUUAUUUGAUUAUUCAAAAAUUUAUUAAAUUCUCUAUUUCCUUCUCUGUAGCCACCAGCCGGCCGUGCUCGCUCUCGUUCUCCAAGAAGAUCGUCUCCAGCUCGUGCUCGUCCCGACCGAGGAGCAGGAGCAGGUGAAAAUUAUUUAAAUUUUUUCUAAUGUUGUUUCGGUGCUGUGAGGAGUUCAAAAAAUUUUCAUUCUUAUGUAAUUUUACCCGAAAUUUUACGAGAAAUUGAUUGUUGUAAUAUUUUUGUCUGAUUUAAUUACAAGGAAGACCACCGAGUGUAAAGAGACCGGCAAUAUGCACUGUAAGCUUGACGAAAGAACUUCUUUCUUGUUGGAAAAAUUUUAAUCUGCUUUAAAAGAAAACUGUAAGGUAGAACUAUUUAUCGUACAGACCGUCCUCGCCGAACGCCGUCUCCGCGACGCAGACGUUCGCCGAGUCCACGUCGCCGCGACCGCAGCGGCAGUCGCGGCCGCAGACGCUCGCCCGUAGCUGCUAGACGGUUUGCGAGCACACGGAUUGCACCCAACGCCUCAUUUCUGCUUCAGAUCGCGCUCGCCUCGUCGUUCUCCAAUCAGAAAGCGAUCGCUGACGCCGUCGAAGAGGAUUUGUGUUCGUAACUUGACCAAAAACGUUACCAAGGUUGUGUGUUUUGCUUUUUCCGGAAUCAGAAUGGUUUUCAGGCACAUUUGCAAGAAAUUUUUGGAAUUUAUGGAACAAUAAAAACUGUCGAUUGUCCCCCGGACAGAUUCCAUUCGCAUCUUCAUCGCGGAUAUGGCUACGUCGAGUAUGAGACAAUCGAGGACGCUGAGAAGGUUUUCGUGAUAAAAUAUGAUGGGAAUUAUGUGGAUUAUGUAAACGAAACAUUACGGAUAUUAUAUAUAACAUUACACAAUAUUAGAAAAAAGAUAGACGUUAACGGAUCAAUGAAAAAUAUGUUCAAAGUUAUAAUUCAAACGGAAAGCGUCUAUGUUUCAAAAUAACUACCAACUAUACAAACUUUUUUUUUAAUUGAAAAGUUGCGUCUUUAGUCGAACUUUGAUUCCGAGCGAAGUUUUGAAAGCUAACCAACGUUCAAAUUUUUUAUCCUGUCGUUUAGAAACGGUAGGAGUAAAGCCUAUAGAUAGUUGAAUCUGUGAAAAGGAAAUAAUCAUGAAAUUAAAGAUUUUUUUUUUUGGUUUUUUUUUGACUGUGUCUGAGCCCUCUUUUCAUCACUGGCGAUCUCAGAGAAACGAAACAGAACUUGAAAAGAAGAGAGCGCAGAGAUAACAGAUUGAGUUAUGGCGAAUGGAUUUAUGUUACAAAGAAAUUAGGUAAUAAAAAGCCUGUUAUGUUUUCACUCAUUAAUUUAAUAUUCGAAAGAUAAGACCAUCAAUAUUUUGAAGUAAGAUCUCAUUUUUUAAUGUUUUUUUUUUCAGGCCGUCAAGUACAUGGAUGGCGGUCAGAUCGACGGACAGGAGGUCGUCGUCGAGGUCACGUUGAAUCGUGCUCCUGGAAUCGCUCGUCGCAGUCCGCAUCGGUCGCCGAUUCGUCGCAAGAGUCCUCCCAGAAGAAGGUUCUUCAUAUUUCAAUAUUAAUAGAUUCCGCUCUUCCAGUUUAAAGUUGGUUUCAAGUGAAGAAACACUUUGGAGACAAAAAAAAGACAAAUUGUUAAAACAUUUACAAAAUUUGUUCUCAAGAGAUUUUAGUUCGAACGCUUCAAAUAUUUCAGAAUAAAGCCUAUUUUUCGCAGAUGAUUUUCAUUUUUAAACGAGGACUUUUUCGGCAGAUUUUCUGUUUCUUGAAAUCUUCCCAAACCCCAUUUGAACUGAUAGGCCUUUUCUGUAAGCUCAUACGUCGACUGGAUCCCACCCCGGGGUGCCACCGUAUAACUGGCAGAAUGAGCAGUUAUUUUAUAAUAGUCGAUUGUUUUCAACCUAUUCAAAAUGUCCAAGGACUUAGGAAACAACCUAAUAGUUUCCUAUGAAGAUUUUAGAGCCACAAAUGAGGAAAAACUCUUCCAAAAAAGUGUUUUUCAUUAAAUCCAAAAGUUUCAGUCCGAUUCGUCGUCGUUCGCCGGGACUUCGCGGCAGUGGAGGCAACUUGCAGCCGUUGGGCGGCGGCGGCGGUGGUCGCUUUAAUCGCAGUCGCUCGCGUUCGCCACGUCGCAAUCGCCGCAGUCGCAGUCGUUCCUGAAUUCGCGAAAAUUCCAUUUUUAUUUGUUGAUUUUGUAUUAUUUAUUGGCUCUGUGUGACUUGUUUCGGGAGUUUCGAAAAUCUGAUUUGACUUCGUUUUAUCUUUCUUCUUCCCUCUUCAGCUUCCAUAAACAUUCACGCAUAGCUUCCUUCCUUUGUUUUCUUGACAAUUUUUAACAAAAAUUAUCUUUCCCUCUUAUCUUUUCAUUCUCACGAAUGAAGUGUCUCACUUUUUCGGUACUUUUUGUUGUUUCGUUCGAUCUCCUAUUUUAAUAUGAUAAAAAGUUGUUUACUCUCUUAUUUUUGGUGAUUCAAGGGUAAAAAUCCCUUAUUUAAUCCUUUUAAAUAAGUUGUAGAGAUUUUCACAUACACUCAGAAACAGUUUGAAAUAGAUGACUGCGUAAAAUUCGGACACUGAGGUUCAAAGACAGAAAAUAAUCUACAAUUUUGGGAAAUUCCAUGGUUAUAACAGUUUCGCGAAGUUUGUUUUGAAAUUAUCAGCCACGCGGCCUUAUAAAGGCUUUUGCUUCAACAAAGAAAGAGGCUCGAAAUAAUUUGAAAUAAGAAUUAAGGUCAUAAUGACACAAGACAAAGCCAUCGUGGAUAAGCUUUCUGACGCCUCCGAGAAGGUUUUUUUAAAAACUUCUCGAAAUCAGUUGGAAAGGAAUAUUUUAAAGGUGACGAACGUCUUUGUUCAAUUUUGGGAUUUGGUCAGAACCAAGCCAGCCACCAGCAUCGACAAUGAACGCGCUGUCGCUGUCCAUCAGGUUCAAAAAUUAGAAAAAAAUAUUUAUUUUUGGUUGUCAACUAAUGAUUAUUUCCUUCAAUUAAGCAAAUUUUGAUUUUUAUACAUUUUUCCCGCUUCUCUUACUUAUUUAUCUUUUUGAAGCGAGCAGGAAUCGAAUUUGUGUAGAAUACCAAAUGAUUAUGAAAGACGAUUCCCAAAGAAAAGAAAAUACACGAAAUUAAAGUUGAAUGUAUCAAUGAACGCGUCUUUUUGAGGUGAAUGGGAGUAAAAUAUAAUUUUUGUUUUUCGCCUUAUUCUGAGCUUGUUCGGUUUUCAGACAAUAAGUAAUGAAUCUUUCCGGCCUUUGGAGUUUUCCUUUUAACUUGGUAAAGUGAUUCAAAUCAGCUAGCAGUGUAUAGUUGCAUGCUAACAUUGCAGAAUUUAAAGAGGCGAGCAGAGUAGUACCAUAUUUGAAAUUUCGAGGAUAUUGGUCUGCUUGGGUUUUACCUGAAAAUAUAUUUGAGUCUGAGCCUCAAGAUCUAAUAGAAUUUUGGCAGUUGCCUUUGUAUGCUGAGGACAACCAGCCGCGGCAGUUCAAGUUCAUUCCUGAAGAGCCGCUUCCCCUCCAACGCGAAUUUUCGACGAUUCGCCACGCCGUCAACGAGGAGUACGACCGCGUCGCCGUUUGUCACUUUUUAUUGAAAAGAAAAGCUCGAAAAAGGAAUGAGAUUAGGCUUAUAGAAUUUUUCAGAUUUUUCAAAAGUUUUCGUGAAAUUUUUCAAUUUUUUUUGUUUGAAUCAUCUUUUCUGGCAAUAUUUUUCAUGGAUAGUUCAAUCACAAUGCUGACUUUUUUUCAAAAGUUUUUAUAAAUCAACUUAAAGUGGAAAAUUUUCAGCAGCGGUUUAAAAUUGUGGACGCCGUUGUUGACAAAUCAAAAAGGACUGCUUGUCGUGAGUUUCUACUUUCGUUUCUUCUCCAAAAAAAAAAAAGAUAAUACGAAUCAUUGAAUAUAUACUUGAUUGAUGUUCAUCGGAAAAACGAAAAUUGCUUCGAAACGCAAAAAAUUGCUCCAAAACAAAAAUUAGUACUGUUUUGGAGCAACUUCUGCGCGCCGAUAAACACAAUUUUUUGUUUGAAGCAUGUUCCGUUUCUCCGAUGAACACGCCAUGAGAGAAAGUUAAAUCGAAACAUUAUACAUAAAAGAAGAUAGCCCAGCUUCAUUUUUAUUUACUUGUUUUCAUCGCUUUAUAGAUGAAACUUUUAUUGAGUUCAGAUUUUUUUUUUCAUGAAAGAGUAACCGUAAUUUCUUGUGCAAAUUUGGGUGAAGGAUAAAUUUUUUAUUACGAGAAAAAUCUCAACUCUUUUUUUGACGCUAAAUCGAUUUCUAAAAUGAAAAGGAUUUAGGAAUGAAUUCUUACCUGACAGAAGAAUGGACGGCGCUGCCCAAGGCCGCCGCAAUCACCGUUGGUGGAAUGGCCGGUUUCGUACUCGGAAUCAAAAGGUGCGUACAUUGGAAACUGAAUCGAGUCUUAAAAUGAUUUACGACCUUUGCAGGGGUCCGAUCGGAAGAGCGCUGACGACGGCGACGGGAUUCGCGACGAUGGCCGCCUUCUGCUACCCCGUCGAAGCGGUCGACGUCGUCCGAACUGGCGUCGCACACACUCAAUCCACCUGGGAUAGCUUCCAACAGUGUGAGCUUCCCUUCGUUUUCAUCCAAAAAUUCCAUUUUUGCCCCUAUAUCGUUCUCCAUUUCUCUGGAGUAAGGCAGUUCUUUUCAACUUUAUUUAACUGAUGUUUUUUUUCAAACUCUAAUCCUAGUGCAAGCUUAGCGAUCGGAAAAAAAUAUUUUUCUUUUUAGUUGUAUACGUCAAGAAGAAUGAUCAUAAAAAUGAGUUAUUUUCAGCCCCCGCGACGCCAACGACGCCGAAAGUGAACUUAAGCCCACCGAAAAACUGAAUUCAAGCCACCGAAAAAUAGUCGAAAAAUUAACAUUUUUUCCUUUUUGUAUAAAUCCCACAGCAGAAUCAAUUUCCAUGGAAUUAGCUGAUUCUAGACUAGUUAUUCAUUGGGUUUUUUUUCCUUGUAGAGCCAUUUUGUACGGUGUUUCUUACGAUUUGAUAUUCCAAAUGCGAACGAUAAGAACUAUUAUGAAUGAGUUAAUAUUUUUUUUACAAGUUGAAAAAUUGCGAAAUCUUAGGAAAGUGUGAAUUUAGUGAAUGAUUUGAAUAAUGAGUGA